AUGGCCAUUGGCGGCUACUCUAUCGAACCUGAGGAUAUGCCUCUGGAAAGCACUGAAAUGACACAGGAUCAGCUGCUGAACUAUCAGUUGAUGUUUCCCAUAGGCCAGGACCAAUCCAUCCCCUGGAAUGCCAUCACUGCGUAUGAAAACAUGAAAGCAAAGAGGAUAUCUGAACUCAAGAAGUGGAAGGAGCAGGGACCUUGUCAGAAGGAGCUCUACAGAGCCCUGUAUAAAUUGGCAAAGGCUCAGCAAAGAAGCGAGGGGGAGAUUUACAAAUUCUACUUACCCAACUGCAACAAGAAUGGAUUUUACCACAGCAAACAGUGCGAAACGUUGCUGGAUGGAGAGUCUGCUGGAUGCUGGUGCGUCUAUCCAACAAACGGAAGAAGAAUUCCUGGAGCUCCAGAAACUAAAGGAGACCCCGAAUGCCAACAGUAUCUCAGCACAGAAGAAUAA